AUGCCUGUACCGAAAAAGAAAACCAAGAACUCGUCGUAUUUCUCCCACGAAUUUAUCAUUGCGAAUCAUGGGGACAUUGUUAGCGUCAUCGCUAUGGUUUUUAUUGGUGGCAUGCUAUUUCCUGGUCCUUCACGAAUAGCCUCUCUGUUUGUAGCGAUGCAGCAUAAUGCGAGCAACGAAAAAGUUGAUAGUAUGUCCGACGUUGUAUACACCACUGGACGAUACGAUUUACUGGCCAUUUUCUUCUAUACACUGAUUUGUAUAAUUAUGCACGCCGUUAUUCAAGAAUACGUGUUAGACAAAAUGUCAAGAAGACUUCAUCUCCCUCGAUUUAUGCAAUCUAAGCUGAACGAAUCUGGACAGCUACUGCUCUUUUACAUGUUUUCUGUCUAUUGGGCUGUUUAUGCUCUUGUAAACGAGCGCUUUCUCACGAGCUUAGAUGGACUCUGGUCAGGCUACCCUCAUGCUGUCAUGCCCUUUUGGAUAAAAGUUUUCUUCAUUGUGCAGAUUAGUUAUUGGCUACACAACUUCCCUGAACUUUAUUUUCAAAAGAUUAAAAAAAACGAAAUGCCAAAUCGAAUAUUUUAUUCUUCGCUCUUCCUUAUUGGUGUUUCCGCUGGAUAUUUCAUGAACUUUUCCAAACUUGCUAUGAUUCUGGUUAUUUUGCACUAUUUUACUGAUUCCUUCUUCCACUUCUCACGUUUGAUGAAGUUCUAUGGCUACAUAGCAGCUGUCAACUUCGGGUUUGCGGUGUAUAAUGGACUAUACAUAUUUUCUCGCAUCAUGUGUUCUGUACUAGCCUUCCUUACGUUCUACAUCCCGACAAUGAAUAUUGCCAAUGGAAAUUUUAACACAUGUCUCAUCCGGUUAAAUUGUAUGCUGUUCGUAUUGUUCACCCAAGCUCACAUGGUGUGGACUUUCAGCAACUAUCACUUCACUAAAAUGCGUGAAAGGAAAGCUCAACAGCAUGCAAAUAAUGUGUACAUCACAAACAAUGAUCUGCAAAAACGCAAAGACAAACAGCAGAAGAAGGCCAAGCAGGAGGAUGUAAGAGAAUCUCCGAAUCACAGCAACAAUGGCGUUAAGCAAAAGAAACAAAAGGCGCAAUAG